UUGAGAGGGUUGGGGUCUCGAGUUUCGCCAGAGUCGAGUCGAUAUCCAGGACAGGAAGAGGCUGCGGUGCGCCGAGGGACUGCCUCUCAAGAGUGCUGUCAUUUCCGCAGGCCUGGCCAGAAAGGGGAGCUCAGGGACCUUCCUGAGAGUGAGACCGGCGCCCCUCUCCCGCUGCCCGCAGGCUUUUAUCCCCGCCAUGGCUGAGCUGAUCCAGAAGAAGCUGCAGGGAGAAGUGGAGAAAUAUCAGCAGCUACAGAAGGACUUGAGUAAAUCCAUGUCAGGGAGGCAGAAGCUUGAGGCACAACUAACAGAAAAUAAUAUCGUGAAGGAGGAACUGGCCCUGCUGGAUGGGUCCAACGUGGUCUUUAAACUUCUGGGUCCUGUGCUGGUCAAACAGGAGCUGGGGGAGGCUCGGGCCACAGUGGGGAAGAGGCUGGAGUAUAUCACAGCUGAAAUUAAGAGAUACGAAUCCCAGCUCCGGGACCUGGAGCGGCAGUCAGAGCAACAGAGGGAAACCCUUGCUCAGCUGCAGCAGGAGUUCCAGCGGGCCCAGGCGGCAAAGGCAGGGGUUCCUGGGAAGGCCUGACCCCAUGGUGGGGGGGGAGGGAAUGAGGCAGCUCUAGGAUCUGUACUGUAGCUAAUAAAAUGUAAAAAUACCUG